AUGAAAACUGUCGACAAAAUAGAGCAUAUUGCGUUUUUGAAAGUGCCCAAGACCGGAUCUAGUACAUUAGCAUGUAUAUUUCUUAGAUUUGGCAUAAAGAAUAAGUUGGACAUGUACCUACCAAAGUCGACUGCAUUGGUUAGCCGAGAGAAACAGAAGCGUCUUUUAGAAGAGAAAAAGUGCUAUGACAUCUUCGUAAUACAUACUCAUUUUGACAGAAUGUUUUUCACGAACAUUGUCCGCAGAGACUCGGCAAUCAUUGGACUCGUUCGGGAACCAACACAGAGGAUUAUAAGUCAUGCCUUCUAUUUCAAGCCUCUAAGAAAGAGCAAAGAGAUGAAAAGUCUCUCUGAACAAGAAUACAUUCACAGAGUUCUAAGAAAUACGUCAAAAUAUGGAGCAGAAAAUGUUAUGGGCGCGUAUUUUGGAAUGGAAAAAAAACAUAGAAAGAAAGAUUAUAUUCAUCAGUACAUAGAAAGCUUGAAUUCUAGUUUCUCUUUGGUUCUUGUUUUAGAAAAAAUUAAUGAAUCUCUGAUACUUCUAAAGCGAAUUUUAAAUUGGUCCUUUGCAGAUAUUCUGUACGGAGCAAAGAAGGAGCUGGAAAGUAAAAUUAAACAAGGAGGGAAAGAUUUCCAGUCAGAAGUUCUACACUUCGAAAAUAUUUUACACAGUGUAAAAACGUUCUGUGGCAAAGCUGUUGAUGAUUCUAAAAUAGAGUUCCCAUCUUCUAAAUGGGAUCGAAGUUUUGAAGUACAUUCAUCAGAAUGUGAACUGAUAUUUAGGAUGGACGUUGGCAAAAUAAAGAAACGGUAUUAG